UACCACACAGAGGAAUCCAUUGAUAUCAAGAUGUUCCUCUUCUUCCUCCCCAGCCCAUAUCCCUGUCUUCCUGCCACAUGACUCGUAUUGGACACGCCCCCGGUACAGUGAAGUCUCUGAGCUCCGGUGCCGGCGACAGGGUGUACACCAGAGGCACAGGAACAAUGUGACUGCAGAAGGCGGGGGAGAAGUAAAUAAAUGGCCUUAUAACAGCAGUGCAGGACGAGCAUAUAAAUGGCCUUAUAAAAGCAGUGCAAACCGCGUGUCUGGUACUUCCAAGUGACAGGGUUUAUAAAUGCUCUCAUGAAAGCUUACUGGACUGAGGGAUAAGCCAUGGAGUGCUUGGAGGACGAGUCAUGCGGCAGGAGGCUGCAUAUGACCUUUACGCGUUGCUGCUCUUGUGAAAGCUUAAAGAAGAGGCUGCCAUUUCUUCAGUGGCUUCCACGGUAUUCACUGCAAUGGCUGCAGCUGGACCUCAUUGCUGGCCUCACGGUGGGACUGACAGUGGUGCCCCAGGCUCUGGCAUAUGCAGAAGUUGCUGGACUGCCUGUGCAAUUUGGACUCUAUUCCUCAUUUGUUGGGUGCUUCAUUUAUUGCUUCCUUGGGACGUCUAAAGAUGUGACACUUGGUCCAACUGCUAUCAUGUCCCUACUUGUAUUUGUGUAUACAUUGGGAGAUCUUUCAUUGGCCAUUCUACUGGCGUUCCUCUCAGGCUGCAUCCAACUGGCUAUGGGUCUCUUAAAUUUUGGUUUCCUUUUGGAUUUCAUUUCAUAUCCAGUCAUCAAGGCUUUUACUUCAGCAGCAGCUGUCACAAUUGCUUUUAGCCAGGUUAAGAACCUGCUCGGUUUGCAAAAUAUCCCUCGUCAGUUCAUUUUACAAGUUUAUCAGACAUUCCGUGAGCUUCCAAGCACAAGACCCGGAGAUGCAAUCCUGGGAAUUCUCUGCAUUGCCAUUCUCCUCGCACUAAAAUGGAUGAAGGACCAUACUUCUAGGCCAUACCGGAGCAUGUCGAUUUGUCACCGAAUCUGCUACCUCAUUGUUUGGAUUAUGACAACAGCUCGCAAUGCACUUGUAGUUGUUGGUGCAGGACUGGUGGCUUAUUCCUUCCAUGUUAUGGGAUCUCAACCCUUUAUACUUACUGGAAAGACAGCAAAAGGACUCCCCCAGUUCCAACUGCCACCCUUUUCUGAGAUCACUCCCAAUGGUACAAGAACUUUCAGUGAGAUGGUUCAGGUGAUUGGAUCUGGGCUUUUGAUCAUUCCUCUUAUGGGACUGCUGGAGAGUGUGGCCAUUGCUCGAGCUUUUGCAUCUCAGAAUAAAUAUCGCAUCAACACCAACCAGGAGCUGCUGGCUAUAGGCUUUACCAACAUCCUUGGCUCUUUUCUCUCUUCAUAUCCAGUGACCGGAAGUUUUGGGAGAACGGCUCUUAACUCCCAGACAGGAGUGUGUACGCCUGCAGGCGGAGUGAUCACAGGGCUUCUGGUCUUGCUCUCCCUUGGAUACCUCACCCCUGCCUUCUACUUCCUACCUAAGGCUGCUCUUGCCGCUGUCAUUAUCUGUGCCGUGGCACCCAUGUUUGAUCUGACAAUAUGCAAAACCAUGUGGAAAGUAAAAAAACUUGACCUGAUACCAUUCUUUGUCACCUUUUUGCUGUCUUUCUGGGAGAUCCAGUAUGGAAUCCUUGCUGGAGCGUUUGUUUCAAUUAUUAUUUUGUGUUAUCCCAUUGCACGACCAGAGAUUAAGGUUUCUGAUAUGGAUGGCUUAGUUCUGACGCCAAUGAGUGGCCUAAGUUUUCCAGUCAUGGAAUUCCUCAAAGACAAAAUUUAUGAGAAGACACUUACAGUCUCUCCUCCCCGGUCAGUGACGUUGGAUUUUACCCAUGUGAAUGUGAUAGAUUACACAGUUGCUGUAGGAAUGGCUGAUCUCCUUUCCGAGUUUAAGGCACAGGGGGUGUGCCUAUCUUUUUCAGCUUUACAGCCUCAUCUACUUCGGAUGUUAAGUUCAUCUGAUUUGCUGGGGUUACAGAACUUGCACAGUCUUAAAACAGCAGAUCCUGUGUUUGCCCAAGACUCAGAGGAUGAAAGCACACAACCAUUACUCCACAAUGGUAUUGUGUCCUUACCUUAGGGUUGUACAGUUCCUGAAGACAGAACAUCCUUGGUUAGUUAUGAAUGACAAGAACACAGGAACUGGAUCCUUCUGCAAGAAGUUUAAAGGGAUAGUUCACCAUUGAAACACUUUUUCAGUUCAGCUGUUUUAGAUUAUGCACCAGUAAUACUUUUUUCAGUUGCUUUUUAUCUUGACUGUUUUUCUAAAAUUGAUGUUUAGUUUCUUGAGUAUUCAGUCUAGCACCUCAGUAAUCUAGGUGAAGUUCCUAUAGUCUGUUUUAUGACUGAGGGCAACCAGGAGGGGCCCUUCUCAAGUCAGGGCAAAGCACAAUCUAAGAUUGAAUAUUUGGUUUGCGCCAGAUCCUGCAAAUGCCCCCCACCGGCCCGAAGCACGGUGUUCUGCUUGCCUCAUCCACUGACCUAAAGCUCCCUCCCCCAUUCAGAAACUACCUACAUCUCUACCAACUAAACCCUUCAGAGAAUGACUUGACCAUAAAGUUAUCCUUAUGGUCAGAGUUACCUUUAGUAACCCUGCUGUCUGUUAUUGCAGCCAUGAACCCCAAUGAAUUCCUAGCAGUGCUAGACAUCAAAGACAUCUAUUGCACAUUUCCAUUUUGCCUCUCUCAAACACUUUCACAAAUUCAAGUACCAGGUUCAUUUCCCUCCACCAUUCAAAUUUUUUACCACUAUAACAUUACAGUGGCCCACCUGAAAGACCAUUUUUCUCAUCGCUAUUUCAUCUGCCUGCAGGGUGUCAAAAAUUAGUAGACACUUCUUUCUACUAUUCUUCCCAGACAGAGCGGUCCUCCAUACAGUCCACUCUUUUGUACCAAAGGUGAUUUUUGACUUCCACAUCAUGCAGGAAAUCACAAUUCUGUAAUUUUGCCCAUGCCCUAGCAUGUCCAAGGAGAUUGCCUUGCACUCACUUGACCCGAUUAUGGCCCCAGUUAUUGUUUUACCUGGACUGUGCCAAGUGGUGUUUCAAGCUUUACCGUCCCUGUUCAUAUUCCACCAGGGAGCAAUAGGGGCAAAUUUGCACCCAAGUCUACUAUCUCCAUGGGGUUCAAGGAGGCUAUUUGCAGGGCGUGUAUUGCCAAAUGGAAGGUUCCCCUAUUGUACCACUGUGUCUCAGGGCUCAUUCAAAUUGGGAAAUCGGUACUCCACUAAAUGACUGGUCUUUGCAUAUUUUCAGACUGGCCUCACGCCAUUGACUGCAUAUAGUUUAAUUGCAGUUCAGAUUAGAGUUCACUUACAUCUUGGUUAGACAAAACUGAAAGUCUGCAGUGGGUGGUGAAGGGUAUAGCAGAGAGGAAGGAGUCUUCUUUCUAUUUCUAUUGUCCUGCCACCUAGUGGUAAAUUAUAUUCCCCUCGACCCACAUUAUGUC